AUGCAGAAAUAUGAAAAACUUGAGAAGAUCGGCGAAGGUACCUAUGGUACUGUUUUCAAAGCAAAAAACAAAGAAACCCAUGAAAUCGUAGCGCUUAAGCGUGUUAGGUUAGACGAUGACGAUGAAGGGGUACCAUCGUCCGCUUUGCGCGAAAUAUGUCUACUUAAAGAAUUGAAGCACAAGAAUAUAGUUCGGCUAUAUGACGUGCUGCACAGCGAAAAGAAACUGACCCUCGUGUUCGAACAUUGCGAUCAGGAUUUGAAGAAAUACUUCGACAGUUUGAAUGGCGAGAUAGAUUUAGAUGUUGUGAAGUCUUUUAUGUACCAGCUGCUGCGAGGAUUAGCUUUUUGUCACAGCCAUAACGUACUUCAUCGAGAUUUAAAACCGCAGAACUUACUGAUUAAUAAAAAUGGCGAGCUUAAGUUGGCAGAUUUUGGCUUGGCUCGGGCAUUCGGCAUCCCAGUGAAGUGUUAUUCAGCUGAAGUAGUGACCUUGUGGUACCGGCCACCUGAUGUUCUUUUUGGCGCUAAAUUGUAUACUACUAGCAUUGAUAUGUGGUCUGCUGGGUGUAUAUUUGCAGAACUAGCCAAUUCAGGCAGACCUCUAUUCCCAGGGUCUGAUGUCGAGGAUCAGUUAAAGAGGAUCUUUAAGCUACUCGGCACACCCAAUGAAGGCACAUGGCCUGGAGUCACUCAGCUGCCUGACUACAAGCCCCUCCCAGUGUACCAACCAAGUCUGGGCCUUGCACAGGUUGUGCCAAGACUGCCGGCGAGGGGCAGGGAUCUGCUAGCCCGACUUCUCACUUGCAACCCAGCAUUAAGAAUGCCUGCUGAUGAUGCAAUGGCACACGCUUACUUCCAUGACCUCAACCCAUCUGUCAAGAAUGACCGAUGUUAACAAUCAAUACAUCCAUACAAGUGUACCUCGGAACUGCUAUUUUGUGAUAAAACAAAGAUGAGGUACAGGAGUGUUGUGAUGAUGAGACCUAAAGAGACUGCAAUGAUAAUAUAUUGCCGUGUUUAUAUAAGUAUGUGAACCUAGACGUUAACAGUUUCUUUGAGUUUUCUAGUCUCGCUCUGGGAUUAUGUGUAACUAAAAUUGUUUUGUAUAGAGGAGACAUUUGUAAGUCUUGUGUGUGGCUUGCUGACUUACGUGGAAGGGAUAAAAAUAUCAGACAGUUUAGAUGAUAUAGUGAUAUCAGGUCAGGGGAUAGUGAUGUUUGUUAUACAAUAAUAUAAAGAUUAGAUUAUAAAUGAUGCAUUUAUUUGCAUUGUAAUGACUGAAAUGGAAAUUUCAAUUAAAUAAUAUUAGUAAAGAUAGUCUCAGUAACCCAGCUGGAAUAACAAUAAAUGUUUUCACAUUUAUAUUACUCUUAAUAGAAUUGUGAUAGAUGUCAUUUUACAGAGAAUUUUCAGCCACAUAUUAUUAGUUACCAUUUUAAUGAAAAAUAUUGUUUCAUUUACUUCACAUCUUACAUAUUUUGAAUCUGUAUAAUUUUAUUUUGACU